AUGGCCGACGUCGAAACGGACAACGUGCCCGCAGUGGCCUUCGAAGACACCACGGCGCCAGCCACGGAAACCGCCCUCACCAAGACGAACAGCGAUGGCACGGUACAGAAAGUGAAGAAGACCAAGAUCAUCAAGCGCAAGCGCCGCCCAGCACGACCGCAACAAGAUCCCGCGACCUUCAAGUCCGAGCCACCUCCUCAGACUGGCACCAUCUUCAAUAUCUGGUACAACAAGUGGUCGGGCGGCGACCGUGAAGACGCGCUGUCGUCUAAACAUCAAGCGAAAGGUCGAUGUAACGUCGCCUUGGACAGUGGAUACACCAGAGCAGACAAAAUCCCCGGCAGCUAUUUCUGCCUGUUCUUCGCCAGGGGACUAUGUCCCAAGGGUCAAGACUGCGAAUACCUGCAUCGGCUACCGAAUAGCAGAAUCGGCAAGGAGGGCGGACUUGGAGACAUCUUCCCUUCGAAUGUCGACUGCUUUGGACGCGACAAGUUCAGCGAUUACAGAGACGAUAUGGGGGGCGUGGGAUCAUUUAUGCGCGUCAACAGGACGCUCUACGUGGGACGGAUACAUGUGACGGAUGACAUCGAGGAAGUUGUGGCGCGACACUUCCAAGAAUGGGGACAGGUUGAGAGAAUACGUGUGCUUCCCAGUAGAGGCGUCGCGUUCGUCACCUAUGUGCAUCUGGCGAAUAGUGAGUUCGCCAAGGAGGCGAUGGCACACCAGAGCUUGGACCACAACGAGACACUGAACGUGCGAUGGGCAACGGUGGAUCCCAACCCAGCGGCGCAAAAACGGGAGGCGCGGUUGAUUGAGGAGCAGGCUGCUGAGGCAAUCCGAAGAGCGUUACCGGCUAGCUACGUCGCAGAAUUGGAAGGCAGAAGAUACGAAGGCGCCGAUCCGGAGGCAGAGCGGAAGCGAAGGAAGAUCGAAGGAAGCUUCGGCUUACAGGGAUACGAUGCACCAGACAAUGUCUGGUACGCCUCUGAGAAAGCUCGCAUCGAGUCUGGAGGUGAACAAAAACUCCUUGAGGGUGCACAGGAGAAAGCCAACGCUGGGGGCGGAGACACCGAGCCAAACUCUGACGAUGAAGAUGCACAGCCAUUGCAGAUCGGGAACAACCAACAACCAGCUUCAAAUGGUGGUCUGCUUGGUGCUUCGACACUCGUGGCUCUGCAAGGCUUCAAGGCAGGACCUUCAACGACAGAAAAGCAAGCCGCCGCUAAGCCCGCUGGACCACUUGUAGGCUAUGGAAGUGACAGCGACGAUGAUUGA